AUGCCGCUGCCUUUUUUGUCUGAUGUGCCUUUGAGCAUAGCUCUUCCGGCCGCCGCAACAGCUUUAGCCUACUUGAACGCGAAACACUCACUAUUCUAUGAUAUUGAUCUUCUCAGGUCGAUGUUCAAAAUGCUGAGGAAGAGGGUCACAGCGGAGAAAAGCGACCGCCUGAACCUCUUUUACGUCCUCGAGAACCACGCCCUCUCCCCCGACACAGCUGAUAAUGAUUGCAUCGUCUAUAACGGCCGAACAUGGAGCUUCCGUGAAACCUAUAAUAUGGCCUUGCGCUUCGCCAAUUGGUUCAAGAGCGUCCACAAUGUGAGUCGCAAGGAGAUUGUUGCCAUAGACUGCAUGAACUCGUCCACAUUCCUGUUCAUGCUUCUUGGGCUGUGGAGCAUUGGAGCGGUCCCUGCCCUCAUCAACUAUAACCUGGCUGGCAAGCCUCUCACCCAUUCCCUCAAGGUGUCGACUGCCAAGCUUGUUAUUGUGGACGAGGAAGUUCGUAAUAACUUCACAACGGAGCUGAUGGAGACAUUGGCUUCCCCAAAUUUCCGUGAUGGGAAGGGCCCGACCGAGGUGGUGUUUCUGACUCCCGAUGUGGAGGCCCAGGUCUCGGAGAUGGAGCCCAUGCGGGAGGAAGAUGAGGCACGCGCUGGUCUGCUCCCGCGUGACAUGGCCAUGUUGAUAUACACCAGUGGUACCACUGGCCUUCCCAAACCCGCAAUCGUCAGCUUGCAGAAAGGCUGGUCCAGCACUUGCUUUGUAGGGAAUUGGAUGAAGAUGACCCCUGCAGAUCGCUUCUUCACGUGCAUGCCUCUGUACCAUGCUUCGGCAGCUCUGCUCGGAUUCGUCACUACCCUGCAGGCUGGCGCUACACUGAUUAUCGGGCGCAAAUUCUCUGCAAGAAAUUUCAUGAAUGAGGCCCGUGAAAACAACGCGACAAUCAUUCAAUAUGUCGGUGAGACUCUUCGAUACAUCCUGGGCGUGCCACCCAAGAUCGAUUCGGUCACAGGGGAGGAUCUAGACAAGAAGCAUAACAUUCGCAUUGCGUUUGGCAACGGCCUCCGUCCCGAUAUCUGGAAUCGAUUUAAGGAGCGUUUCAAUGUCCCAACCGUUGCCGAGUUUUACGCUGCUACUGAGGGCACAGCUGGGGCAUGGAAUUUCUCUUCCAAUGACUUCUCAGCAGGCGCUAUUGGCCGGAAUGGAGCCAUUGGAGACUUUGUCUUUGGUCGGAACACUGCAAUCGUCGACGUGGACUGGGAGAGCCAAGAACCGUGGCGUGAUCCGAAGACUGGCCUCUGCAAGAAGGUCCCUCGAGGCGAUCCUGGCGAGCUUCUUUUCCGAAUCGACCCCACAGACCCUAGUGCAGCUUUCCAGGGAUACUUUGGUAAUUCCAAGGCUACCGAGAGCAAGAUUGUGCGCGAUGUCUUGACCAAGGGCGAUGCCUUUUUCCGCUCAGGCGACGUUAUUCGAUGGGACAAGGAUGGCCGCUGGUACUUUUCUGAUCGACUGGGCGAUACGUUCCGGUGGAAGAGUGAGAACGUCUCAACCAACGAGGUUUCCGAAGUUCUCGGCUCUCACCCGGAGGUGCACGAAGCCAACGUCUAUGGAGUUGCGCUGCCGAAUCACGAGGGUCGUGCUGGAUGUGCGGCUCUGGUCUUGAACCAGCAGCUGGCUAGCGGUAAUGCUUCCGGCCCAGCGCUGAAGCCUUCGCGCGCCACGCUUGAGAGCAUCGCUGUGCAAACCCUGAGCAACUUGCCACGCUAUGCAGCUCCGCUCUUCCUGCGGUUCAUGCCCGAGAUGCAGUCAACUGGAAACAACAAGCAGCAGAAGCAUAUCCUCCGUACUGAGGGUGUGGAUCCAGCCCAGGUCUCCAAAAACGACCACCUGUACUGGCUUCAGAGUAACUCUUAUGUUCCAUUUGAACAGAAAGAUUGGGAUCGGUUGAAUGGUGGCCAGGUCCGUCUGUGA